UUCCCUCCUAAUAUUUCACUUCUCUUUCCUUUUUUUUUUUUUUCAUCUCUCUCUCUCUCUCUCUCUCUCUUUCUUAUUAUCAAUACCACUGCUCCUUCCAUCACCACCAAAUCCAAAUUCACCACCUCUAAUAUCUUGAAAAGAUCCAUCUAGGUUUAGUGGGUCUUCCUCAUAUUCAUCUUGUACCACAACUAAAAUAGUCUAGAUCCAUCUUCGUGCCAUAGUGCUAGCUAGGACUUAUUUCAUUAUUGACACAGCACACACAUACACAACUAGUAGUACCUACUACUACUAGUACUACUACUUCUGCCCACUUUAUUUGGAGAGAUAUCAAGGUGGUGUUGGUGGUGGAACAGAUUUUGUAAGAGAAAAUUUUGAGGAAUUAAAGUGUCCAAAUUUUAAAGAUGACUCCAGCUAAUUUGGCAGGGCAGUUUGGUGAUACAACUUAUACCAAGGUAUUUGUUGGAGGCUUGGCUUGGGAAACCCAGAAGGAGACCAUGAAGAAAUACUUUGAACAGUUUGGUGAGAUCUUGGAGGCUGUUGUCAUCACUGACAAAGCCACUGGAAGAUCCAAAGGCUACGGAUUUGUAACUUUUCGAGAACCCGAAGCUGCCAUGAGAGCUUGUGUUGAUGCUGCUCCAGUGAUAGAUGGUAGGAGAGCUAACUGCAAUCUUGCUUCUUUGGGUGUUCAAAGAUCCAAACCUUCAACACCAAAGAAUGAAAUGAAAUGGAGUGCAGGAGGAGGAGGUGGAGGAGGAGGAGGAGGCAGGAACUUUAGGGUAAUGGGGUCAUUUCAGACAGGGUUUGGCGGGGCAGUGGGAACAGCUUUUCCUUCAGCAGCAACCUUCCCUCAUUAUGCUAUCCAACAAGGGAUUCCUUACAAUCUUUAUGGGUACUCUCCAUACUCGCCAGACUACACUUACCCUACGAGCUACUACAGCGUGUAUGGUGGAACAACCGCCCAAUAUCCCAUGUAUGGAACGGGGCCAGCUGGGGGGAUGAUUACUGGUGCGGCGGCAGCAGCUGCAGCAUUCUACCCAUAUCUCCAGUUCGGAGAAGGGAGCGGUGGAGCAGCUGCCACUGGCUAUACUUCUGGACAGACCGGUUAUGGUGUCAAUUACCCACACCACCUCUUUCAGUAUUCAGCCCUCAACUCAGCAACUGGGGGGUACCCACAGCAUUAUGGUGCAUCCAUGUCUCUUGCACCUACACCUGCCUUGCAAUCAGGCGUGACCAUGGCUCUUCAUGCACCAAUUCCUCAUCGCUAGAGAUUCAUGUCGAACUACCUAGCUACAUCAAAAUUCUCAGCUGUUUCUUGAAGUCUCAAAAACCUUUGGCCUAACCAUGGUUCUCUCUCUCUCUCUCUCUCACACACUCUCUGUGUCUAACUCAAGCCCAUUCAUGUCAAUUGGGCUUUUGCACACAUACAAGGCCCCCCAUAGGGGCUAAAUAUCACCUCCAGAAUUGGAGAGUCAUGCAUUUUUCCCCUUUGCAUCUUUUUGAAAGAAAGGGUUCCUGGAAGAGAACCGAAGCAUAUGUGUAAGUAAACCAACUAAAGCUAUUGGAAUUAGCUAAGUUGGAAAUAGUUUUUCAAUCCUUGGCCCUUGAAAGGCCGAGUAAAGCAACCAACUUUUUAACUUUAGCCCAAGAAAGGCUAAACAAAAGCACAUGGUUUGCGGAAAAAAAAAAUUUGUAAAUUCAACAACAGAAAUAGCGAGCUCCUCACUUUGAAAAUCAAGUUUUGGAAUGGCUAAUCCCUCCCAACUUCAGCUAAUCACCUCUAGAUGAAGAGGCAGUUUUAGCAAAAUCAUCAUGGGGCAUAAUGGUGUGCCCCAACUUUUUUGUUGGUAGUUAACAUCUAGUCUUAGGAUUUUAGAGCUAGGACCAGUCAUGUCUUUAUAAAAAAUGCUUUUUACCAACUUCAUUUCAACUUUCACAUUAUGUUUUUAACCAACCAUCUUCCCUUAGGGUAAGGGGAGGCAAUCACUAACUCUUGUUUAUUACUUUGUAAAUUCAUUGUGGCUAAACAUGGGAGUUUAGCCCCAUUUUACUAAAAUUUAGGAGGGAUAGUGUUUUUAUAUUUUUCUCUUGCAUUUAGCUUUUAAUAUAGUUCAUCAUCAAUUUGAGUACUCCAUCAAUGGAUGUGGAGCUCAAAGCAUGUGCAUGUAACCCUGGGAGAUAUUUUGGUUCCCUUGGGUUCUUCUUCACUGACACACCAACCAUGGUUAGGACUUAGGUCAACCUUGUCACCCUCUCUCUUCUCUCUGCUCUCUCUCUCUCUCUUUCUCCCAUCAUUUUCACCGCCACCGGCCACCACCAGCAUCAUUAUCAUCAUAUCUCUCUCUCUCUCUCUCUCCAACUCUUACUUGGAGAUGGAACUUGAUACUCUUAAAUAUUAUGUAUAAGCCCUAUGGAUUGGAUUGUAAUUAGGGAUGCUCUUAGGACAACUAAGAUUCAUUCUCUAUCCAUGCUGGUUGAGAAUGGAUAAGAUACUUAAUUCUACUAUGUUUUUAAUUUGAGACUGCUAUGCUUACUCCUGCGAAUGUUUAAUUUGUCCAUGAUAAGCAAAGUUAAAUGCUUCCAAAAGUUCAGAAA